UGACGUUGUAUAGUUAUCGCCAUUUUGCGUUUUUGUUCCGUGAAACGGUUUGUUCGACUGAACAAGAUUUCUAGCUCACAUCUAACAGGCAAGGUUUUGUUGUCCCGAUUAUGAACGGGGAGUUUUCUGUAGUUGGAUUCAAGCGCGGUUCUGAAGAACUGCAGUCUCAAACUCAGCUGUACGUUAGUAAUGGUAACAUGAUGAGCCCACAGCCGAACAAUGCUAGCGCAGAUGAUGAGAAUGGAGCAAAGAAGGCGAAGUUGGACCGUGGUUACGGUAGCAACAAGCCGUCGCGAGUCGUCCACAUACGCAACAUUCCGAACGAGGCGACGGAGACUGAGAUCAUCAACCUGGGCGUUCCUUUUGGCCGCGUGACCAACGUGCUCGUGCUCCGGGGCAAGAGUCAGGCAUUUAUAGAGAUGGGUGAUGAGACAGCAUCAGCUACGAUGGUCAACUACUACACCAACUGUCCGGCAAACCUGCGCGGCCGCACUGUCUUCAUACAGUUCUCCAAUCACAAGGAGUUGAAGACGGACAUGUCGAACACUGCAAACGUAGCGGCGCACGCGGCGUUGAACGCUGCACAGGCCAUCGUCGGUCACACCGGUGAGGUUCUUGGAGGACCGAACACAGUUCUGCGCGUCAUCGUCGAACAUCUCGUUUAUCCCGUCACGCUCGACGUCCUGCAUCAGAUAUUCUCUCGGUUUGGCAAGGUCCUCAGAAUCAUCACAUUUACCAAGAACAACACAUUCCAAUCGUUGAUCCAGUUUCCAGACGCACAGUCGGCACAAAACACCAAACUGAAUCUGGACGGUCAGAACAUCUACAAUGCUUGCUGCACAUUACGCAUCGACUACUCCAAGUUGACCAACCUCAACGUCAAGUACAACAAUGACAAGAGUCGCGACUACACAAACCCGAACCUCCCCACCGGUGACCCCGUCAUCGACCAUUCUCUCAGCAUGCCGGGUCUGCCCGGGAUGAUGGCGCCGUCGUUUGGUAGCAGCAUGCCAGCCGCAUUCAGCGCCCAGCCACUAACAGCUUAUGGGCUGCCCGCGAUGGCAGCUCUGGGACGUAACGCGGGCGGAGUACCGAUGAUGCCGGGACUGCAGGGUCUCUCCAUCCCCGGACUCAACCCGGCGGCGAUGGCCGCCAUGGGAGCGGUCGGCAUGAGGAUGCCCGGCAACCAGCCGCAGGGAUGCAGCGUGCUCCUCAUCAGCAAUCUCAACGAGGAGGACGCUGGCCUAACCAAAGACUAUGGUAGCUCGCCGCUGCAUCGCUUCAAGAAACCAGGGUCCAAGAAUUACCAGAAUAUCUUUGCGCCAUCCGUUACCUUGCAUCUGUCCAACAUUCCACCCAACAUCACAGAAGAGGAAAUUUGUGAAGCUUUCUCUGAUAAGUCAGGUGGGACCGUGAAGGCCUUCAAGUUUUUCCCGAAGGACCGUAAGAUGGCAUUGAUUCAGAUGGGAAGCUUGGAUGAGGCAGUUAGUGCCCUUAUUGCUAUGCAUAAUUACCAACUGGGAGACUCCAACCAUCUGCGAGUGUCGUUUUCGAAGUCGACCAUCUAGAUGGCGCCACGGUCACGCCGAGAGCGAUCGACGACGAUGACGUCGUCUCGUACAUUGAGGACAUUUCAUAUGAUGAGCAAUCUCACAACAGCAUCUACCUGCUGCUGGCCACACCUCUCCUUCCUCCCCUUCCUCCUCCUCCUCCCCUUCCUCCUCCCCUUCCUCCUCCACCGUGUAUGCCUAGGCUCCUCCUGCUCCUCCUCCGCCUCGUCCUUUCCGUCACGGACACCCAGCCGUCCUCUAUCCUCCGUGAAUGCCAAGUUUCCCUUCACCUCGACGGAGGCCUACGCCUCCCCCUCAUACGGCAUGCAUCUGCUGCCUGUCAAACCCCCGUGAUAGAUUCCUCGCCACUAUUACCAGAUAAACUAUCCAUAAACUCUCCAUGACAAUUACCAGCCUACUAUUACUAUUACUAUUACCAGCCCCCCCCCCUCCCCCCCGGCGGACUUGUUCCUCCUGUGCACGUACAAACUCCGCCUCACCAGCUUACGCCUCCCCAUCCAUGUACAGCCUUCCACCCUUGACCUGUCGCUCGCGAAUCGCGCAGAGAAGGAUGAUCGGCAAGUCCCGCAUGCCCCGCUCUCUGUCUCUCGGCUCGUCUGUGACGCUUCGACAGUUGACGAGUCACGCCCGCUGCCGUGCUGCGUAGAGCGCGUCGAGGUAGAUGAUUGACAACUUGCGCGUCGAGGUACCAACAAGUGAACGCUGCAGGUGGCGCUGGCUGUUCAUCUGUCGACUCGCCGACCAGGUGGCGCUAGUCGAGCGGCGUCAGUGAGGCGUGGGCGAAAGACGGACAUCAUACGCGCGUAUUUUUGCUUGGAACGUCGCGAGGGAUGGUUUAUCGCGCGCACAUUUACUAUACAGUCUCAUCUCCGUCUCGUCGUUAAAUUCGUGUCGCGAUGUAGGGUUUUGUAUUUUGAUAGUGUUUUUAUUCGGGCAGACGGCUGGGAGAACAAACGUGUCUUUUUGCCGGCACUCUUAUAGGUGCCACACGCGUCGCCGUAUCGAAUAGACUAGCGGCACCCUCUCCUGACUACCCGGAGUAAUUAAUUCUCGGCUGACUUGCGGCGUUGUCCCUAUACUUUAGGUUUCAUUGUCGUCCCCCCCCUCCCGUGUACAGAGAGCCAGGAAGAGCAGUGCGGUGCAUUCUGUAGUGCCACAGUAGCACCCUCUGUUCUACUAUGGUGGUGCCCUCUGUAGUGACUAAAACUGAGUUUUAUAGGCGGUUAUAGACGUCGGAGCACGUGUCGAAACAAUGGAUACUUUUCUCCCCCAUCGUAUGAAGAGGGGUGGGUUGAGGCCAGACGGGGUUGGGCAGGCCAGGGUGGGCGGGAGUAUAGAGUCGAUGUGUGACACCUUGGUCUGAUUACGGUUGCUCGGCAACUGAUAUUAUUGCUUUUGUCUGCUAUCAGCUUCAUCGUGGUUAAGCAUUUUCUUGGGGUUUCUACAUCUACGAUAUAUAUUUUUGCAUUUUGAGGUGCAUGUACACGUACGUAUAUGAUUUCUACAUAUGAACAAGGGGAAUGCCUAUUUUAAUACAGCCUGUAAGAUUAGCAUCUAGACUUGGCCAUUGUGAGUCUGUGUGUGUGCUUGUGUGUCUGUAGUCAUCAUAUAUUGGCUGGGAGGUUUACACAGAUCUAAGAAUCUUACUUUUCUGUCGUCGACUCUGGAGUAACGUACGUAGCAUUUUUCGAAUUUUUCGCGCGUUCGAUUCAGAUGCCCACCCACGUUAAGAACAUUAUUCUGGGACCAUUGCUGUCUUGCUGCACACCGAUGUAUUCUAUUGUUGCUGUGCCUGUGAGCGUGUGCGUGCGUGCGUGCGCGCGUGCGUGUGCAUGUCACAGUACUCCAGCUCUUUCACAAACCGAAGCUGCAUUGGCCGAAGUCAUCGUCAGUAACAUGUUAUCACCCUUCACGUAACGUCAGAGUUGAGCCGUGAAACGUUAGUAGAGUUCAACAGAAUAUCGUUCUGCUGUGAAUUGCCAUAUUUUCCUUCCAAAUUUCGUAUUUUCGCUGUAUUUUCCUUACCUUAUUUUUCCGUAAGUUUCCGUGACCUUAUUUUCACCGUUUCGGCGCCAACCUGCUUUCUGUUCCCUAAUUACUAAUUACUAAUUACCCUGAUGAGAAGCCAAAAUAUUUUAUUUUAAACGAAUAUGUUGGAGCCCAGGUUAUUUUUGCUACCCUAGUAUACAUUGUGAAACCUUAUGCUUAAUAUGCAUAUUUAUAUACUAUAUGUGCAUAUAUAUAUAUACAUAUAUAUAUAUACAUAUAAAUACAUACCUACAUACAUACAUACAAACAUAUAUGUAUAUUUAUAUAAUAUAUAUAUAUAUAUAGUGUGUGUGUGUAGGGUUUUGAAUGUAAUAUUUGUUAGUAAGGAUAGACCCUGCACUGGUGUGAUGGCAGUACAACCCACACUUCGUGCUGCCGAGUCCGUGGAAUUGAACCCUAAACCCGCCAAAAGAUGAGGGUGUGAGGUUUGGUGCGCGCGCGCUCGCACACCUAGCGCGUAUGUGGGGUGGUGUAGGUGGUUGGUAAGGGGGAAACAUGAGCAGCAGAACAGGUGCAUGCAGUGUGCUGUUCCAACUCCUCGUGUGUGUAUAGCAGGGCUGGCUGGUGUGAGAGCAUUCGUGGUCGUCAACACCAGGUGGCGCUGUCCGGCCGAGGCUGGCAGCGUCUGCGGUGAUUGCUGCUAGGUGGCGCUGAGUCUGCGUCGAUCCUGCCGCUUGGCAAUCUCGUAUUUUUUAAUGUUUUACAAUUAUCUCGUGUCGUGAAAUCAUGAUCUUUUUUUCUUGAUCGUCGACGUUGAUGGCGGUACGGUCGAAGCACGCGGCGCCACCCCGCGUCGGACUCCCGAGCCGAGUACUUCAAAACAGCAACGUUCUCUUGUUACUAUUGUGGCGCGCCCGUAACCGGGCACCACCAGGUGGCGCCGUCAAGGUGCGAUCUCGCACCUAUGCCGCAGUGAACUUGGCUGUUUCGUAGCACUGUGCGCUGCCACCAGGUGGUUUAUGGUUGGCGGUGGUUGCUACUGUGGGUCGUUGGUGGGCAUACCAUUCACUUUUGCUACUGCUGCCGUGUCCAAUUGUUUCUUCAUCUGGCAUGGUUUUCGUCUGCCGCCAGUUUGCCCAGAUGUGUCAUGAUUCCGCGCGAUCAUUUACCCGUGGCAUGACAAGAAAAGUUGCGCUGUAUCAUUCUCCUGUAUCCCUCCUCUCAAUCCCUCCCCUGCAUUCUUCCUUACACUCCAGAGGUCACUCAAAGGUCAUGCAUGACUGUCGCGUCACCAGGUGUUAUCAUUCUGUGUAAGUACGUGCAGCGCCCCCUAUCAUCGUUCAACGUCGUUGCGAUGGUUUUGCGUGUGUGGUCUAGAUGCACGGGUGGAUCUCCCUUUCUCUCGGCUGCCCGCCCGGAAGACUGCAGACGAGUUUCUGAGGUUCUCGUUCUGCCUUCUUGUGGAGGAACUUGGAAUAUACUGUCUCUGCUUGAUGUUGGAACUGUGUCGCUGUGAGUAAGAGUGCUCCGGAUUUUUUUUGGUGCAGGAGUAGGUGUCCCAGGGGUAGUUGUCACAGGAGUAUGUGUCAUAGCGAAAGGUGGUGCCUGGUUAGGUGGCACAGAGAUAGGUGGUGUGGGAGCUGGUGGCACAGGGAUAGAUUGGGCUGGGGUACGUAUUAGCGGCCAUGAAAGCUUGAUUACCCAGAGUUUGAGCUGUCACGUGCAAACCGUGCCUUACCGAGGUGCUAAAUACCUACAGUUAUAUUUUGUGUAAAACUCAAAAUUGAAGAAGCAUCAGGUUUCCCCCCUAUCAAUUGUAUAUGUAAGUUAUUGAACAUUUACAUUUUACCAUCACGUCAGAAAUUCAUUUAUUAAAUAUAUACACAGAUAUGUAUACAUUUUGUAAGCCGGUACAUGGUGUUCUGUGCGUGUUCCAUAUAUAAUCUUGCGUAUAAUAUGUGUAUAUCUAUAUAUUAAUCACAAAUGUAACAGGAUUGCCACCAGGGGGCAGAAACGGCUCGUUCCAGUACUGCUGCGCGUAAUGAUGCACCAGGUUGCGCUAGUGAACCUCCGAGAUUGUGCGACGGACGACGGAAACGGACGAUGACGCAGACGUGGUUGAGUACUGGAUCAAAGAGGCAAUUUCCUAUCCUUGACUUUUCUCAUGCUUGUCUCAUCGUACAUAUACUAAGGGUCUAUUGCUUCGCUGCAUUCUUAUUCUUGUUCUUCACUAUGUAGCGUGUGAGCUAGCGUAUAGUAGGUAACCGGCCAGCCGCGAUACCUCUAGCUCCUCAUCUGUGUAUUGUGUGUUACCAUAGCGACACCGCCCACAAAUUGGGGGCAGAACUGGUUUAUCACAUGCGUGCGUGCGUUCAUACAUGCGUACAUACUUAAAUACAGACAUGCACGGACGCGCGCCCUCAUCGAUAGAUAUAUAUAUAUAUUCGAUUAGCUUUUUCUCUUGUCUGCUUGUGUUUUUGAGCUAUAUUAAUGUAUAUUAUUCUUGCUUUUGUUUGCCACUGCCCCCCACACACUCUCUCUCUCUCUCUCUCUAUCUAUCUCUAUGUAUCACUUCUCUGCGAGGUACCCUGGGUGAUUACCACCCAUCUAAUAUUUCUGGCGUCAGCCGGCGUAGGGAUGCUCGCUGCAGGGUACAAUUUCGUAUGCUAGCACGGUGCGCAACGUGGAAUUAAGUGAACCUUAACUGUUAUCAUACAGAAAAAGUUAACGGUUGUUAUAUUGUCGUAAAAAAACGAGCGACUACUAUUAUUUUGCUGUAAAACGAGUGACCGACUCACUGAUCUAUAUAUACCCAUGCAUUAUAUGCACUCUACAAUAGAUAUGAAGUCGGUGGAUGCUAGGCAGUGGCCAUAAUGGUGCCACCACCCAACUAUUAUUGCGUAUGUGUGCCUCCGGUUUAAAAAAUACAAGGCUGUGGGAAAAGCUUCCAUAGGUAAAUUAUGCUUAUUUCCUCUAGGAAUGUACAGUUACAUAGCCUAGAUUGUUCUAGCUCUAGGGCAGUCCUUCGGAUUUUCACUUUUUUUUCUUCGUCUCAAAAAUUUGUGGGGCACAAUAGGCUACAUUAGAUUCGUAAAACCUAUGGGUAGGUUAGGGUUAGGCUUUCAUGUAUACAUUUCGGUCUCAAUGAUUAUUCAGGGGCCUAUAACUGACUUACAGCUCUCUACAGUACUUGACUUGGCUGUCACCGCAGCAGGUGGCUUUUUUAUAUCACCGGGACCUAGUCGAGCUCUUAUCAUCUCGUAAGGAAAAAAUAUCAUAGGAGGGAGGGACGAGAGAGGUAGAGAAAGAGAGAGAGAGAGAGAGAGAUGGAUGCAUAAAUAGAACUUGUACUUGGGUUAUAUAUAGGGUUAGGGUUAUAUAUAGAUCAGUGGAACGACUUAUCACGCUGUAGAACAAGUGAACAGCUAUUAUAAUGUGACUGGAAAAUGUUCGGCCAUGUGCGUGUAGAUGGCAGCAUAGCGCGCGUGCAGCCAACAUGGUGACGCGUGAAUUCAUGCGCGCAUCAGAUGAGAGAGGGUCGCAACAGCUGUGCCAUCGUCGCGCUCGUGCCCGAGUAUUAUUCGAGUUGCUGACUGAGCUAGCUAUAUAUGACGUCAUUGCGUCGAGGAGCCACGUGACGCGCGUGCAGCAGCAACUGCAGUGGUUGCCCCGGCAACCCGCACCAUCUAUCGUCAGCUAUGCGGUGGCGCCCCCUACUACGUAACGCACGUCACCUUUGCUGUUCCGUUUUGGAUUGAUUAAUACUUUACGCGUUUCUUCUUUUUCUCUUUGUGACAGUUUUUCUUCGCGUUGUACUUUGAUGUGUAUUCUAUAACUGUACGCUGCCGCUCGCUUGCACCACUGAGUGUAACAUCAGCUCUCUUAUCUACUUGAUUAAAUGCGACGUUGUGUGUAGAUUGUAGACGUA